AUGGGAGUGUAUCGAAGCAGCAGAAAGGACGAUCACCUCAUUGAUAGAACCGCGGCAGCAGUUGCUGAAAUGAGUUUGACGGCUGAUUUUCACUGUGGGAAGAAUAAUCAGGAGCACAGGACUGAUGGGAUCACCAGCAAGAAACUGAUCGUCAGACGAGGACAACCGUUCCAAAUCGCAUUGCAACUGCACAGUAAUGAACACAUGAUAGACCACAACAACAUUGUAUUUACUGUGGAAACAGGGCCAAAGCCUUCAGAGGCAUAUGGAAGCAAAGUCCUGUUUAAACUAUCGUCAAUCAAUCCAAAGCAGUGGAGUGGGCAAGUUAUUUCCAGCACUGGAACCAGAUUGGUCCUGUCCUUGUACUCUCCAGCAAAUGCCAAGAUUGGGCGAUACAAUUUAAAUGUCCUGAGCCCCUCAGGACGUCAGUACACACAGUUCUCACUUGGAGAGUUCAUCCUGCUUUUCAACCCAUGGUGCCCAGAGGAUGAAGUAUUUCUGAACAGUGACGAGCAGCGACAGGAAUAUGUGAUGAAUGAGGAUGGAAUCGUCUAUAAUGGUGAAAGUCGCCAGAUUGAAGGUCGCCACUGGUUCUUUGGACAGUUUGAAGAAGAAGUUGUGGAUAUUUGUCUGCAAAUAUUGGAUAAAAAUCUCAAAUUCCUCAAAGAUCCAGCAAAGGACAUUAUAUGCAGAAAUGACCCUGUUUACAUCUCCAGAGUUGUGACAGCUAUGGUGAAUUCUGCUGAUGACAAAGGGGUACUUACCGGCAAAUGGAGCCAACCAUAUAGUGGAGGCGAGUAUCCCUGGACAUGGAAUGGAAGUGUUCCAAUCCUUCAGAAAUGGUAUAAAGGUCACAAUAGGCCAGUUCGCUACGGGCAGUGCUGGGUGUUUGCAGCAGUGGCUUGCACAGUCUUGAGGUGUUUAGGAAUUCCUGCUCGUGUUGUCACAAAUUUUAAUUCUGCACACGACUCAAAUGCAAAUUUAAUACUUGAUCAAGAAAUUGACGAAUCUGGGAGAUUAUGUGGAGGAGAAAGUGUGUGGAACUUCCAUGUAUGGUUAGAGGGCUGGAUGGCCCGAAAUGACUUGAAGUCAGGUUAUGAUGGUUGGCAGGUAUUGGACCCAACACCACAGGAGAAAAGUGAAGGAAUUUACUGUUGUGGACCUGCUCCAGUUAAAGCAAUCAAAGAAGGGGCAGUGGAGAUGAAGUAUGAUGUUCCUUUUAUUUUUGCGGAGGUCAAUGCAGAUAUUGUCAUUUGGAUAUGUAGCAGGGAUGGCACAAAAAAAAAAGCCGCUGUUAAAACUAAACAUGUGGGCCAAUUCAUCAGCACCAAGAAAUGUGGCUCCAAUGAUCGUGAAGAUAUCACAAAUGAAUACAAGUUUCCUGAGGGUUCGGAACGAGAAAGAAUAAUAUUUAAUGAAGCUCAGAUGAGAAAUAACUUGGAGCUUCCACAAGAAGAGAAACUCCAAGUGCAAAUGAAAGGUGAUGAUUCGAUCAGCUAUGGAUCUGAUAUUCGUGCUCAGGUGAACAUCACCAACAAUAGUUCGCAGAGCAUGGUUUGCAAACUUCAACUCAAUGCUCAGAUUCUGCAAUAUACUGGAUUAGCUGUGAAACAAAUUAUGGCAUUGUGUGUGGAUGAAGUUACAGUUCAAGCAAAUGACGUUGCAACAGUGCCUUUCGAUGUACCUUUCUCAGAGCUUGGCCAUGACUUGAAAAAUCAUCGCAUGAUCAAGAUGAUAGCUGUGGCAACUGACAAAAGAUCAAGUGAAAAUGCAUUGGCGAUUAAAGAUAUUUCCGUGACCAAUCCUCAUGUCGUGGUAAAGGUCCUUGGGGAGCCAAUUUUGAAUCGUGAGCUCAAGGCAGAAAUCAGUUUUCAUAAUCCCUUGCCUGUAACACUGUAUAAGUGUAUCUUCACUAUCGAAGGAGUGGGACUGAUUUCUGGCUGGGAACAAAUUAGUCAGGGGGAGAUAAAGCCAAACCAUGUAUUUGCAAUAAACAUUCGAUUCACCCCGACAAAAGUAGGACUACGGAAAUUAUCGGUGGAUUUUGACUGCGACAGAAUGAUGGAUGUGAAAGGAUUCCAGAAUAUCCAUGUCAAAAACAUUUAGUAAACCUGAUCACUCUUACAUGUGUCCUUACAAAGAUUGCAAUAUAGUAACCUUAUUUGCAAUAUUAACCAAAUUCAAUCAAAAUGAAUCAAGGUGUUUAUAACCCUUCUGUGCACCUCCUAUGAUUUUCAUUGUAAUAAUAAUUGUGCCUAAUUAGGAUGACCAUCAUUGGUGAGAAAUUGAACUCAACUAUGAACAAUUUCCAGGUAGAUUACCCCAUCACCAGAACGCAAUUGUGCUUAACUCACUGGAAAAUCCUUAUUACACUGUUUAACUACGAUGAUCAGUUAUCCUUUUCCUGCAGUUAUUCAAGUUUCCCCCAGAUGAUUUCCAUCCUCUUCCUCAACAUUUAUAUUCUAUCGUUGCAUGAUAUAUCUUUUUGUUCAUGUUUCUGUAUUAAAUGUUUACUGCU